AUGAAUUUUCCGCUCCUCGCCCUUCUCUUUUCCACGACAGUCCUAGCCAAGCCCGCCGACACAGCAGACCUGCCCGCGCCUGAAACAAUUACCUCCUAUGUAACCGUGACCAAAUCUACUAUUGACAUUGUUACCAGUACUGCAAUUGCCGAAGACGAAGAUGUGCGCAGGUCUAUGCUUGUUUCUGUGAUGGAGGCUCUCGAGCCCACGUACCCGAGUUGGGUCAAAUCAGUCCUGGCAACCGCGAUACCGAUCUCGUGGAAGGAGAGAUUGUCGAGCGACCCAUGGUUUGCGGAUUCGGAGGUACAGGCAGAGGCAUCCGGGAUGAUGCCGGCCUGGUAUUCGAGUCUGCCCAGUGAUGUGAAGUACAUCAUUACCAGCGAUGAAGCGGUAUAUGCCUCCAGGAUCGCUGAUAUAACUUGGUCAUCUUUUAUUAUUUCUACAACCACUACGACCCCCAAUUCAUCGAAUGCGUCGUCGUCUUUAUCCACCUUUUCAUCGACUCGGGGUACCACUUCAUCCAUCCAAUCGAAGGCCCCUGAGACUUCUACUUCUAGUGGGGGCGCACCUGUCGCGACUGGCGGCCUUGCCAUAAGCAUCGCGGGUGCUGCUGGUAUUCUGGGUCUCGCACUUGCAUUAUGA